GCUUUUUGUAUUUUUGUCCCUCACCUUACACUUACAGAGCUAAACAUGAUAGCAUCUUCUAUAUACCCUUUAAUCGGCUAAUAUUUACUCUUGUACCACAUUGUUAAGCUUCGUAAAUAAAAUUCGACUUUAGGGGCACUUUUCUAAACCGCAUUCUAAACUCCUUCCAACGCUAUCUAUCCAUAUCAGCUCAGAGUGUGAGAGCACCGAGCAACCACCAUGGCCACCGCUCCUUCGCUUCUACACUCAUCUGGGUCUUCAUUUUUCGCUCAAUUUCGCGCCUUUCCAAUCCCUUCUUCUUCUUCUUCUUCACUGUUCCUUCGUGGAAAUAGGCAUGGGAGUGCAGUGGUGUCAGUGAAGGCCACUGCUUCUGGGGUUGUGUUGGUGGAGAAGUCUGAGGCAGAGAACGCCAAUAGGCUCAAAACUGCUUACAUUGAGAAAAUUGUUCCCCUGCUCAUGGAAGAGUUCUCUUACACUAACAAGCACCAGGUGCCUAAAAUUGAGAAAAUUGUGGUUAACUGUGGUAUUGGAGAUGCUGCACAGAAUUCAAAGGGUUUGGAUGCAGCAAUAAAUGAUCUAGCACUGAUCACAGGGCAGAGACCUAUUAAGACUCGGGCCAGGGCUUCUCUAGCCACCUUUAAGAUCAGGGAAGGUCAACCGCUUGGGAUUGCUGUGACAUUAAGAGGAAAUAUAAUGUACUCAUUCCUGGACCGAGUCAUCAACUUAGGACUUCCUAGGACAAGAGAUUUCCAAGGUCUGAACCCCAACAGCUUUGAUGGGCAUGGGAAUUACAGCAUUGGCAUCAAGGACCAGGGUGUGUUCCCUGAGAUCAGAGCCGAUGUUAUUGGUAAGCCUAGGGGAAUGGACAUCUGCAUUGCGACGACGGCUAAUACCGAUCAAGAAGCGCAGAGAUUAUUGGCUCUCAUGGGCAUGCCUUUCAGAGAGGGAGGUGGUCCUGCUGCUGCCGCUGGUCGCAAAAAGAAGCUCAAGUCUCAUCAUUUUGAUUCAAAAUCAAAGGGAAGAGGAAGGAAGUGACAGUUUUGAUGCAAAAUUAUAGGAUGAAGGAAGUGAGGUCGGGACCAGAAGAGACUGUGUUUGUAUACCUUGUUUCAUUCAGAUGUAAUAUUAUUGAUUCUUUUUUGUAAGAGGCAUGGAUAUGCCAUGCCAUGAACUAUGUCAUUAAAAGGUUUUGUUGUUUGUGGUCUUGCAGAUCCUGGUUGCUAAUUGAUUUCCAUUUGUUUGCUUGUUAUUUGGUUCAGUAGACAAUUGUUUUA